AUGCAAGCGCGUGUCCGCUAAUACAGCAUUUUGUCUGGUACCAUGGUCGAGAACGAUACGGACAUUGUUCGCAACGCGAAAUCUAAAAAAAAGUCGCUGCUCGAAAGGUAUGAUGUACCGGUCGAGCAUCUCUCGUAUGAAUACAUUUCCGAAUGCACGAACGGAAAAAAGAUGGAACGCAUAGUAACUAUACUGCGUUCCGGGGAAGAAGGAUGUUAUCCGGAUUUAACGAGACACGCGGAAGAACGCUUGGCCGUUAUCAAACCAACUAGUGCACUUUUAAAAACAUCAGAACCAAUUCUAAUGCGAAAUAUGUUGUUACCGAACGAACGCAAGGAACUUGAUAAGGAUAUUAACGAUUGGACGACUGAAAUGCAGAUUCGUGAAAAAGAUUUGGAGGAAGGAAAAAAUAUUCUGACAGAUACUCUUCCCCAACCGGAUAUCCGGCAAUUUAACGAAGAAUCUAUAAAAAAGAACGAUGUUACGAAUUCGAAAAAUACUUCGCAAAGCAAACGAAUCGUUUCGUGCGAUUACGCCGCUUGGGACAAAUACGACGUCGAUACUGAAUUAAACAAAAUUGAUAUAAGAGACGAACAGGUGCAGGUUAAAGCGAAGAGGUUUCAACAAAAGCAAAAAGAAACGGUUGAGAAAAAGAAACUCGAAAAGCAUACGAUUAUCGACAAAUCGUCACUAACCGGAACCGAAUUAGAUGUGAUGGCAGAACAGGAAAGGGAAAAAGGAAAUGAGGCUUUUAGGGCUGGAGAUUACGAGGAAGCUCUGGAGCAUUACAAUACCAGUAUAAAAAUGAAUUCAAGCUUGGUUGCAUACAACAACCGCGCGAUGACGUACAUUAAACUUCGACGUUACGUCAAUGCCCUCCACGAUUGUAAUAAGGUACUUAGCGUAGAAUAUACAAAUAUCAAAGCUCUUCUUCGUCGAGCUAUCACCUUCGAGCAUCUUGAAAAACCUUCUCAGGCAUUGGAAAAUUAUGAAGCAGUUUUGAAAUUGGAACCUACCAAUGCCGUAGCAAUUGCUGGUGUGAAAAAGUUGAGAAAACCUUGCGAAUCUAGAAAAAUAAGAAUGACUAUUGAAGAGCAGACAGAAGAUAUGAACGAAGAACCAAAAUUAAAUAAAAUUGAAGAGAAGAGAAUUUACAGCUCACAAAUUGAUUCAAAAUUAAAUAGAGCAAAUAGUAUAUGUUACUGCGAUAGAGCACCAGGGCCGUCGCAAAAUUUGAGACCUAGGCCCCAUCUAAAAGCUGACUAUUGCCUUGAUAAUGAAAAUAAACUGGCGGCAACGAUUAAAACCGACGUUUCGAAGAAAUCUGAGACCGAUCGCGGUAAAAAUACAUCGGAAACGUUCAAAAAUCCAACUUUCUCUCCUAACAAUCGUUCGUCUAAUUUAACUAAAUUGGUUCAAGAACAAAAUAAUUCAACUGUAAAACAAAAGUCAAUCUUCUCUUACACGAUGCCACCUAGACAAACUAACUCGGUUAUUAUCGAAGAACUGCCCAGUGAAUCUAAGAACAAUAGUUCUGCUAAUGUAAAAGCGAUAUCAAACGAAACUGUUGCAAAUAAAAAUAAUUCUAAUACAAAAAGCAACAGUAAAAGUAAAGUGUCCGAUGAUAAACAAGUGAAAUCGUCGAAUUACACUUUGUCGUCGCCGAGGAAAAUAGAAGUGGCUGAUAAAUAUGAAAAUAAAACUAGUAAAGAGGAAAAAUAUUUUCCUAAGAAUUUUAAUAAUAUCGAAAAUGGAUACGAGUUCAUGCGAACGUGGCGGUCAUUGCAGAAUGAUACUGAUUUAAUAGUGCACGCGCAAUUAUUGCGAUCAUUAAAUAUCGAUAAAUUAAGUUCAGUUUUAGGUAACGAGUUGGAUGGAAAUAUGUUUAGUACCAUUUUGCGCUGUUUGGAGCAGCAUUUUUGCACAUCCAACGACAGAGAGCUGUUAAAUAAUUUUUUAAAAUCGUUCAGCCAAGUGAAACGUUUUUCAAUUGUGAACAUGUUUAUGAAUACCGAAGAUAAACGAGUUGUCAAAAACAUAUUGAAUUUCUUAGAAGAGCAUGGAAUGUCAGAAGUUUCGUCACUGCGACAAAUUUAUUGCAUCUAA